AUGGGAUCCACAGUUGGUAAAGGUGCUUCUCUCCUGGAAAGUUUGCCUCCUAAUCAUACGUUACAUGUCGUAAUGCUGGGCCUGGACUCGGCCGGUAAGACCACAGCGUUGUACAGAUUGAAAUUCGACCAGUUUCUCAACACAGUACCCACAAUCGGCUUCAACUGCGAAAAGAUUCGGGGUACCACAGGCAAAGCCAAGGGCACGAGCUUCCUCAUUUGGGACGUUGGAGGUCAAGAUAAACUGCGACCUCUCUGGAGGUCAUACACGAGGUGCACGGAUGGCAUCGUUUUUGUCUUGGACAGCGUGGAUGAUGAGAGGCUUGAAGAAGCCCGCAUGGAACUUAUCCGGGUUGCCAGGGCUCCCGAAAACCUAGGAGUGCCAAUCCUGGUCUUGGCCAACAAACAAGAUCUUCCAGGUGCCAAAGACCCUCACGAGAUCGAGAGGAUACUUGGGCUUGGCUCGGCCCACUUGUGGCACGUGCAACCUGCCUGUGCCAUCGUUGGAGAUGGCCUGGAAGAAGGACUUGAAAUUUUAUACGAGAUGAUUCUGAAGAGACGACGUCAGCUGAAGCAGGCGAAGAAGAAAUUUACUUGA